AUUUGGCAAAGGAAAUCAGUUUUCUAUGUAGAAGUCUUGGAAGAGAUUGGAAGUUUUUCAUUCGCUCACUUGGAUUGCCGGAGGACGAGAUUGAGACAAUAUCAAUUGAUUAUAGAACGGUACGUGAGAAAAUUCAUCAGUGUUUGUUGGCAUGGCAACAUCAGGAGCAACAGAGUGCUAGUCGCUAUAAACUGAUAGAUGCUCUCAGACACUCUUCUGUACAGAGAAAUGACCUGGCAUCAAAGUUAGAGGAGGGCAGAUAUUGAUACAUAUAAUGAUGUGAUAUUGUUAAAAAUAUGUUUCGUUACAUAA